AUGAAAAUGCAGUUAAAUGGAGUUACUUUACAAAGUAUCAUCGGGCUUUUUUGCGUAAGCCAGCUUGUUCAGGGAGAAGCUAAUCCAGUGGGUUUGAAACAGAUAGAUUUUCAAUUUCCCGUAUUGGAAAGAGCCGCUACAAAAACUCCUUUCCCAGACUGGCUUACUGCAUUUACCGGAUUGAAGGAAUGGCCAGGAUUAGACCCUCCUUACAUUCCUUUAGAUUUUAUUAAUUUUGAUGGAAUUCCUGAUUAUGAGCCAUACGAUCAAAACCAUUGCAAUCUUGUUCCAAGAGAGUCGUGUUCUUUCGAUUGCCAUCAUUGUAUUGGGCACGAUGAUGUAUAUACAUGCUCCAAGCUUUCUCAAACAUUCGAUGAUGGGCCUUCUCCUUCUACUACCAAACUGUUGGAUCAACUGGAGCAUAAAUCCACAUUCUUCAAUUUAGGCAUCAAUAUUGUCCAACACCCGGAAAUCUAUCAUAGAAUGCAAAGAGAGGGGCAUUUGAUCGGCUCACAUACUUGGUCUCACGCAUAUUUGCCAAACAUCUCAAAUGAAAAGAUCAUAGCCCAAAUUGAAUGGUCCAUUUGGGCAAUGAAUGCUACCGGCAGUCAUACACCCAAAUGGUUCAGACCCCCCUAUGGUGGAAUAGACGACAGAGUAAGGGCAAUCACAAGGCAAUUCGGUUUACAAGCUGUUUUAUGGGAUCAUGACACUUUUGAUUGGAGCCUUCUCCUGAACAAUUCUCCAACAACUGAGCAAGAAAUUCUCCAGAACGUGGUAAACUGGAACAAAUCAAAAACAGGAUUGAUAUUAGAACAUGAUUCAACAGAAAAAACCGUCGAUCUGGCCAUUAAAAUCAAUCAACUAAUAGGUGACGAUCAGUCAACAGUUUCUCAAUGUGUCGGCGGAAUCGAUUACAUUAAGGAAUUCUUGUCCUAA